GUCAAUAUUGUCAAAUAUCAAACAAUUAUUAUCAGUCAUUAGUUUGUGUGGGGUCGUGUUUGGCAAUUUCGCAUUAAAAAAUUGAAUAUAUUCGAUUGAUAAACACCAACAGAGCGAAUGUGACGCGUCCGAAUCGAACUGGUGGCAUUCAAUUUUGAUGAAGUCAAACCCAAAGUCGCCCGUAAGCGUAAGUGCAAGGUGGCCCAGCAUUUGACACAUCACACACACCCAAACCAUCGAGCAUUGGUCGUUUAAUUAGAAUUUCCUUAAUUGAUACACAUUUUAUUCGUUAUCGGUUCAGUCAGAUAGCGAAAUGCAGGCGAUCAAGUGCGUUGUGGUCGGAGAUGGAGCCGUUGGUAAAACAUGUCUUCUCAUAAGUUACACGACAAACGCCUUUCCGGGCGAGUACAUUCCCACCGUGUUCGAUAAUUAUUCAGCGAAUGUAAUGGUCGAUGGGAAACCCAUUAAUUUGGGAUUGUGGGAUACGGCCGGACAAGAAGAUUACGAUAGAUUAAGACCGUUAUCCUAUCCACAAACCGACGUGUUUUUAAUUUGCUUUUCCCUCGUCAAUCCCGCGUCGUUUGAGAACGUCAGAGCUAAGUGGUAUCCGGAAGUGAGGCACCAUUGUCCCAACACUCCCAUUAUUUUAGUCGGUACAAAGCUGGAUCUGCGAGACGACAGGUCGACUAUCGAGAAGUUAAAAGAUAAGAAACUUUCGCCUAUUACAUAUCCACAGGGUUUAGCUAUGGCGAAAGAAAUCAGCGCUGUGAAAUAUCUGGAAUGUUCGGCGCUAACGCAAAAGGGACUGAAGACAGUAUUCGACGAGGCCAUACGGGCGGUACUCUGUCCGGUUAUGCAAGUCAAACCGAAACGUAGGUGUAUCAUCUUGUAAUUAUUAAACGCGAAGGUACGAGGAGAGGGAAAUUUAAAAAAAAUUGUUGUUCUUUUUUUUUAAGUUGCAUCUACAACGAUUUUUUUACGUUUCGAAAGUUUUCUAAAUAAAAAAAAAUAUAGGAUAUAAAAAUAUAUAGUAGUGACGGGAGGAUCCGAUAAAUAGUGUUUGGAAAUCGAAGUAGGUGCAUGGUAAUUUUGAAUCAGCGUUUUUACUAGGAAUGAUUUUUGUACUUAAGCUUGUACAAAAUGGUUCAAAGUUAUUCUGUUGAACGAAUCUUUUUAGAUUUGUAAGUUUCGACGUCUCGGCUGCGUUCUAAUGAGAUUAUUUAUAUACAGGGUGUUUGUGCUAAGUUCUCGCUACUUAGCGAAGACGCCCUGUAUAAUGUCAAUUUGUUAGUUAACUAAAAAGAUUCGUUGUAUAUCUUUAUAAAGCACAAAACAACAUAAUGAGUGUGGAUAAAUGUGAUUCUUGUUUUUUUUAACGAUUUUUAAGUAUAUCGCAAUUUUGCCAAGUUGUUUAUAUUAUUUCUGCAUUUAUAUAUAAAUAUUUAGGUGGAUAUUUCGACGUCAAUAAUACACAUAACACACAAUUAUGCGAGAAAACAUCGCCAUGUUUGAGUAUUGUAUAAAUUCCAAUAUCACUAUGAAUUUAAAUCGUUUUGUAUAGUUAAUUGUAUUGACGAUAUUCACUCGCAUUAAAACUUGUUACUUGCCCAUUUAAAAUUAAUUAAUGCAUAGGAAGAAAAGAAAAUGUGUUCAAUAGAAUUAAUAUACAAAACCUGCAAGUAUUUGUAUGGACAUCUCGUAGACCGCCAAUAAAAAAUAUAAGGAUAAAAAAUUGAUAUAUUUAGGUUUUCUUUGAUUAAUUUUUUUUAUUUUUGAAUUUAUAAUUGUUAUCGAAAUAAUUUGAUUUAAUUGAAACAGAGAACUUCUUUGAGUGUUUUAAAGUGUUUAUUUUAUACCGAUUUGAUCUAUUUUCAAUGAAAUUCUCCGUUUCUUCCUAGCCAAACUAUUUUUAAAUUUUAAUAUUAUAAAAAUUUAUGUUACGUUCUUUAAUAAGAAAAUUGAAUUCAACAAAAAAAUGAAGUAUUUUUUUAUAGAAUACUGUGAAAUAUGUUAAAUUUUAAUUAAUAACAUUAUCGAUUGUAGCAAGUCUUUUUAUCGAAAAAAAAAGUCGUGAAAUACACUACAUCUUAACGUAUUAAAACUUUAAUUUUUCAGCACUUUUCCUCUCAAUAUUUUCACUUCCUCGACGGGCCUGUCGUUCCUGUCCGUAGCCACCAAGCCUAUCCUAUGGAUGAUAUUCAUUCCCGAGUUGAUCCUACCGAAUAUAGCGUGCUUCCCGUCCAGCCAUUGCGUCGGGGCUAGCGUGAUAAAAAACUGCGAACCGUUGGUAUCGGGCCCCGAAUUGGCCAUAGACAGAAUCCCGGCGCCGCUGUGCUUCAGCUCCGGGUGGAUCUCGUCUUUGAACGUUUGCCCGUAUAUCGACAGGCCGCCUUUGCCGGUGCCCGUGGGAUCGCCGCCUUGGAUCAUGAAGUCCCGGAUGAUCCUGUGGAAGGUCGUGUUGUUGUAGUAGCCCCUGCGCGUCAGCUCGGCGAAGUUCCGGCAGGUCUGCGGGGCGUGCUUCCAGUACAAUUCGAUCACGAAUUCCCCCAUCGUGGUGUCGAAUUGGACGAAGGGCGGCUGCCACAUUUUGUCGGGAAUUCCCGAUUGGGUUAUCCCUUGCACGGCUAUCAUUGUUAAAUGCAGGUAUGUAGUCUGUGGUUAAAUACUUUCACUUGAGUUCACUUCACAACAAUAAUAAGGUUACUUAACCUC